GUAACCGUUGUGGACGUAUACGGUGCAAUUGGUUGCGGCUGGAAGCAGAGAUGGAUAUACCGGCGGGGCUUAACCAAACGGUGCGUACUAUGGUUUAGCAUACGUCAGACGUGAAAGUUGGAAAGUGAUGGAGCUACGGUUAUGUUGUGUUUUGUUGUUGCAUCCUGUGACUGGGAUUCCAAGUUGAUGCCAUCACAGACGUACGUCAUGCGAUUGUAGGGUUGCGCACGACCGAGACGGACAGACACGUGGACGACGAGGAGACGCGGCGCGGUCGACGAUCAGCGACACAACACAACACAAGGCCACGCCAUAUUGAAUUUGAGCUGAUUCGAACCAGUCGCCUGUUAAUUUCGGGCCUGGCGUGAAGUGAGCCGACGACUGCUAACAUACAUACACACGCACACACACAUACAAAUAUUACAGCACACCCGCGCUUUCAGUGUAGAAAGAGAUAGAGCUGUAACAGAGUGAGCAGGAGUACGAGUUAUAGUGACAUCCGGUGGCGGGGAAAGGGUAACCCGGAAACCGGAAGUGACGCGCGCGAGAUGGACACGGGGUUUGUUUGUGGUUUCUGCGUGCCGGGUUAAGAGUCUGGAUCAGUACCGGAACGGGUUAGAAAAGGAUAGGAAGAUAGACCAGUGACUGUGUGUAUGUGCGUAUAUGUGUAUUUUUUUUUUAAUGAGGAAAAAGUGUAUAUGAGUGUGUUACGACUAUAAUCGAUUUGUCAACGCCGAGUUUUAUCAGAACCCCAAAUACCCAGGAGAAGCAGUCAUCAAACCAGAACGGAAGGUGUACAGGUUCUCGGUUUCAACUGAGCGGCGUCGAUGGAAAAGAUGGACGUAGAUGAGGCGGUCGUCGAUUUGAGUGUCAGUAGUUCAAACGUCGUACGGAUCAUACCGCCGCCUUCCAUCAGCAUCGAGCCGACGCAGCCUCUCCUCAGCAACAACUUGCUGCAUCCCAGGAGGGUGCUAAGACCCAGGACGGAUCACCGUCCAAGUUACGUGGAGAGCCCGGACGUGCUCAUCGUCAACGGUUCGGCGGAGAGCAGACCUCGUACAAACGGGAAUUCGGCUGGACACGAUUACGGCAGCGAUUCCAGCGAUUGUCUCGAGAUGCCUCCGCUAGCCCCCAUCAAGGAGCUGAGCCCCUCCGAACUCCGACAAAGGGAUCGGGGUUUAAGGAGGCUCAGGGAAGAUUUGAGGGCUGAAGAGAUGAAGUUGGUGCUGCUCAAGAAGCUGAAGCAAUCGCAACAGCUCAAGGAGAAUGUAGCAAUUCCUCCGAGCGUGCCCCAAUCGGCUUUACCGCCAACUGGUCUACCACAAGGGCUGAUCAUCACGCCGACCACCGUCAAAGUUCCUACAAAUAAGGGACAACCUCCACAGGCGGCACAUGCUAGACACUCUGCACCCCAUAAACCCAACACUGUAACUCCACAGACGAUGAUGCGAGGGCAACCGCCACCGGCAAGAUCCAGUUUGCAUGGUGCUCCGAUUUCUGGAUCGCCGAUAGGCAACAGAGGUGUCAACCUAUCGGUUCCGCAACCCCAGAGAAGUUCGAUGUCAAGGUCAGGGUUUCCGCCUGGCGUGAAGGAUUUGCCGCCGUCGGUUACGAUAACGGCUGCGCCUCCACAAACUACUAAGACGGGUAGUUUGGAAGGAAAGGGUAUAGUGGCAAAUGCUCUUGCACAGCCUCCAACUAUUCCCGAUCAGGAUCGAUCAUCGCGAGAAGAUAAUCAGACACCUGCCCAGCGGCAGGCUGCUGCCAAAUUAGCUCUGAGAAAACAAUUAGAGAAAACAUUGCUCCAGAUUCCACCCCCCAAACCCCCACCACCAGAGAUGCACUUUAUUCCAAAUCCAAGCAACACCGAGUUUAUUUAUCUCGUCGGCCUGGAACAUGUAGUUGACUUUUUGACAAAGGAAACGAAACCGCAAACUCCCAUCACUCCAUUCAACUGUUCCCAAUGCCAAUCGGACUUUACACCCGUUUGGAAAUGGGAAUCAGUCAAAGGAAAAAGUAAAGUUAAAGAGCAUAAGGUUAUUUGUGAACAGUGCGUUACUAGUAAUGUGAAGAAGGCUCUAAAAGCGGAACACACCAAUAGACUGAAGACUGCGUUCGUAAAGGCGCUGCAACAGGAACAGGAAAUCGAACAGCGAUUAGCACAAAACGGCGGUUUCACAUCGAAUAGUCCCGCUCCGUCUCCUGUGACACCCGAAGUUGCUCCAAAACCGGCGACGCCUACAUCAACGCCCCGUCAUGCUGCUACGCCACCUGCUCCGCCCACAGCACAACCGACGCCGCCGCCCGCCCGGAGUUCCCACUCAUCGUCUAAAGACAAUGUCAAUUUCACGGCGGCGACGAUGCAAGCGCUACAACGACAAAUGAUGCAAACUUUAUCCGCCGGUGGACCUCCUGCCAACAUGUUCCAUCUAUCUCCGUUAUUCUACCCGUACCAAUUGGCUAUAGCGCAGGCUGCAUCCAGUGGUAAAGGAACCCCAAAUCUGGCCGAUAUCCAGAGGGCGGCAGAUAUGCAAAGACAAUACUUAUUGGACAUGAUUCCUCCCCAAGGAGGAGCGCAACGACACAACUGGAAGACGUGAUGUGUUUGAAUCCUAAAUUAAUUUAAGAGAUUUGCAAAAAGAGGGAGAGAGAAAAGAUAAAUUGAUGAUGAAAAAAAAAGUAAUUACCCCAUUAUGAUCUUGAAUUGACUUUAUGGUUUCGCCGUGUGUGAUUAGACUUUGGUUUAUGUAUAAAUUAGUUGUCACAUCGUAAUGCGUGAGCAGAAUUAUAAUUUCUACUAUUAUUUUAUCAUGAUGUAUACAUACAUAAUUUAUAAGAUUCUGAUCUCAAUUUGGGUUUUCGUUUUUCAAUUAAUUUUCUUUUACUCCUCGGACAUUGAUAUAUAAAAUAUAUUUUAAUUUGUUCCAUUAUUCAUUACUGUGCACAAAGUUCGUUCGAG